GCUUAUACUCUAUGUUGUUUGGAGCUAUUCCUGCUGGCCACGUUUGUGCAACCUCCCUCCCAUUUUUUUUUCCUUUCUCCCCCUUUUUCCCUUUGUGCGUUAAUUAUCAUUACACUCCUGCGUUAUGGUUAAAUUAUGUCCCGGUGAAUUAAUGUUAAUAGGGUUGCACGACGCGCACCCACAUUCCUGCGAGGAAAAAGAGAGAGGGGGGAAAGAAAGAGAGAGAGAGAGAGAGAGAGAGAGCCGGUGAGAAAUGCUAUGAUUCGCCAUUCCAUAUCAUCUUUCUUUUUUUUUAAGAUGUGCAGCGUCUAGAAAACAGCCCCUGCACAGGCAUCCAUUCUGAUUGUGAACAUGUAUGUGCCGCUGUGCACGACUCUCUCCCCCCUCCUCUUCUCCGUCUGUAGGUUGCACCGUGUUUCCUGCCGGGGUAGUCUUGAGGGUUUUUUUCUCCCUCUGCAUGUGUAUCAAUAACAUUCGCAGGAAGAAAGAAGAGUCGUUGCGGUGCCCGCUCGCUGGUGAUGUUUUUGGUAGGUCUCAUGGUGUAACACACAGCCCAGUCAGUAACAGGAACCAGUUCAGUCCCUGCAAUGGCUUGUGUUGUAAAAUGGACGUUUUAAAGAAGAUAUAAUGAAAACACGGACACACAAAGAAUCGAUGCCCAUGCGCAGUGGGCGACGGCGGGGGGCAAGUGAGGAGAGAAGGGGUAGACGCCCACACCCCAGCCCCAGUCGCCCUGAACGCAACGAUAGACAGACGCAAAGAGGUGCUGGUGAGGAAUUGGCUGGAAAUCGCUUCAGUCGCAGAUCACAAGGGCAUGAUUCAUCAGAGAGUGAGGGGGAGGAACUUGUGUCUCCUCCAAAGAGGCAGAAAGUUCAGGAUUCGGCCUCUACCCCAAACCCUCCAACAUCAACACACUCGACUGACAGCUCAGCUCCUUCCACGGUUCCACCUCCGACCUCAGUUGCCAGCCAAUCCCGUGAGAGUGACAACGAAGAUGGCCAAUCCCAGGGCAGUAGGAGUUCAGUUGUAGGGAGCCUGGCCAAUAGCAGCAGUAGUCUGAGCAGUGGGCGGGAUAUAGACCAGGACAAUCGUUCCUCAUCCCCAAGUCUCUCCGCUUCCCCUUUGGGUAGCCUGGACUCUGAUUCCGAUGGCCCCGACUCACCAAAGCAAGGAGAGAGGGAACGAGAGAAAGGCAAGGAGGGAGGAGCUGGCAAGGUUUCAGGAGAGGACAGGAGAGCGCUACGAGAGGGGAGAGGGGAUGAGUCCUGUGGAGAUGGAGAAAAGCGGGAUGUGGACGCACGAAUUGAAGACUGUCCGUCUCUUAAGCCCCCCUCCACUCCAUGCUCUUCCUCUGGUCUGACUCCCUCUCUCCGUGGAGCAGGGGAUUCAUCCAAUGACAGCAAUAGCGGGAGGAAGUCCUAUUUCUCCCUGGACUCCAAAUUAAUGUGUAAAGUUGAGUAUGGUGUUGACGGUGCACUUAGUGGCAACAGAAUGAAUUCCAAAGCCAGCACGCAGUGUGUGACCAAGACAACUAUCUCGGGAGGAGAUUUUUCCCAUAACAGCCCCAACCUUCCCCACUCUUUGCCCCCUCCUCUUCCUCCACCACCUGCGCUAAAGCCCUUGGAGCUUGGGGGACAAAACCUGCCUGCUGAGGUUAAGACAGAAAGGGACAAAAUAGAAAAGGCAGACAAACUCCUGGACAAGGCUCAGUCCACUCCUCCUUCUCUGUUGCCACAGACCGGCCCACAGCCACAGUCCCAGUCCCAGUCUCAGACCCAACCCUCGGCCCACCCUCACCACUACAGCUCCACCAGCUGGCAGGGUGGUACAGCAACUGGUUGCCAAGGGAGCUGGGGCUACACCCGUUACCCUGGAAACCACCACCCACACCAACCACAGCACCAGCCCCCAGUGCAGCAGCAGCAACUUCCCUCUGUUUACAACCCUCCGUCCUCUCGCCACUCCUCCUCCCACCCCUCUUACCUCCCCCAUCCUCAUCCCCACCCCCACAGGGAGUACCUUCCCAGGUACGCUGGAGGGGGAGGGGACAGAGAGAGGGGGGCCGCAGGAGAGAGGGAGAGGGGAGUGAGGGGGGAGUGUGGGGGGAGGGAGAUCAACAGGGAGUUCUCUGCUCCCAUUGGCAACAGCAGCAACAAUAGUAGCGGGGGUAAUGGUAAUAGUACUUGUGGUGGGAUGGCUGGGUCCAAUAGCAUUCAAAGCAGGGAGUUUGGGGGUCUUUCAGUGGGUCAGAACCGGGACUUCCAAGGUUCUGGAAGAGAUGGACCUAACUUAGGUCCUGAAAGACGAGACUUUGGUCCAGCUUUCAGAGACAGAGAGCGAGAAAGGGACAGGGAACGGGAUGCAGGGAGGGAGUUUCCUUUGCCAAACCAAAACCAGAGUAGAGACUUUGGCCCCAAUGGAACUGGAGGGGGGCAUCCCAGAGACAAAGAUGGAGGCAGAUGGGGUGAGUUUGGGGGCCAGACAAGAGAGGUUGUAGGCAACAGUAACCCAAACAACAACUCCAUCCCCCAGGGAAACACCCCAAGUUCAACCAGCGGGCUACCUGUCACCCCCAUGCUGAACCGGGACCCACCUGCAUCGCCCCAAAACAACCCCAGUCACCCUUCCCAUUCCUCCCUGCCCCCACACCCCCACCCACAUCCGCCAAAUUCAUCCAGCCGAGACUUCCCUCCUCCCAUGGACCAAGCACAAACCCCCUCCUCUGGAUCAGACCACUUUCACAGAGAAUAUCCAUCCACUGGAGGAAAAGACUUUCCUGCUGGGGCGCCUUCUUCCACUGGCACAAAUCGAGAGUACCUCAGUCCCCCUGGGGUGACCCCAAACCUGGGACGAGAGUAUUCAGGGCCUGGAGGAACCCAUCACCCCCACCCACCUCACCCCCACUACCAGUCUGGGCCCAGAGACAGAGAGAGAGACUCAAACCUGCGAGAGUCCACUCUGUACCAAAAUCGGGGAGGCCCAAAUCAACCUCCUGCACUCUCUCCUUCCUCCUCCUCUAGUCAUCAUGGACACCCUCCGAAUGCUCCUUACCCACCUCCACCCCCUCAGCCUCCUCUACCCCAACCUCAAACUUCCCACACUCAGCCACCUCCAUCAGGUAUGGCACCCAAUGUACGCCCCCCUCAUUACCAGUCCUCCGCCCAGACUCCUCCAACACCCUUAUCUCCAUUACCGAGCCCAUCCACAAAUCAGAUUGGAGGCUUUUCAUCUUUUCCCCCUGGCUCCUCCUCUGGGCCUAACAUGCCACUUCCUGGGCCGGGCGCGUCAUCCAGCUGUUCACCCGGAUGUCGCCCCUCCCCUUUUCAUGGCACUUUGAACAGCCACCCUCCGUUCAGUGGAACGUACCACUCCAACGGGAACAGCGGCAGUAACAUGGCCAACAGCAAUAGCAACAGUAGCGCGCCUAAUAGCAGCAAUACCAACUCACAAUCACUCUCGCCUCAAAAUGUUUCGAAAGGACCUCCACCUCUUAGUAACUCGGCAAACAACAGCAACAGCAUUUCAACCCCUGCUUCUAGUUCUUCACUCCCGGGUGGAGACGGACAUUCGGAUUCAGGCCCACCUCCCACACCUGUUAUCAAAGAGGAGCCAAUAGAAGACAGGGAAGAGAGUGAAAGCCCACCACCCGUGUUGAGAAGCCCCUCUCCUGAACCCAAACCUGUAGACAUUCCCAUCCACGCCAGUCAGUCAGCACGGUUUCACAAGGUCCUUGACCGUGGCAGCGGGAACUCCUGUGCCCGCAGUGACGUUCUCUUUGUGCCGUUGGACGGCUCCAAACUGUGGAAGAAGAGGAAUGAGGUGAUUGAAAGGGCACGCAGGGAGGUCGAGCAGCGGGCCAGAGACCUAAGAGAAAAAGAGAGGGAACGAGAGAGGGAGCGUGAGCGUGAGAGGGAACUGGAUCGACAUCUACAGCAACAGAAGGAUGUCAACGCCGCUGGAGGGGGUCGCCAGGGCUCCUCUCUGUUCUUCCCCUCCUCUUCUUCGAUCAUCCUCGACCCUUCAUCUUCUUCCUCGUCUUCCUCGGGGAACUCUGUCUCCUGCCCUCCCCCUCACCCCCAGCAUCACCCCUCACACCCUCAUGCUCAUCUUGCUCCGGCACACCAUCUCCACCCCACCCUCGCUCACUCUAUCCCCCACUCCCUCCUCCUGCCAUCUAUGGGUGGGGCCACCACAGUGGUUGGCCCUCAGGGAGCCCUGGGAAUAGGUUUAGGAGGUCCAUAUUUGGGCCCUGACACCCCAGCGCUAAGAACCCUGAGCGAGUAUGCUCGCCCUCAUGCUAUGUCUCCACUGGGGGCAGCAAGUCGUGCCCAGGCACACCACCAACAAGUUCACCACGGCCACCCCCAUGUCCACCCUUCAUUCUUCCUUCCCCAGUUCCAAAAUCAUGCUUUAGGCCACCCACAUCACCUGCCUACUGAUGCAGCUACAGCUGCAGCCAUCUUGGGUUUUUUGUAUGGUGGCAGCCUUGAAGGCGGUCCAGGUGUUGGCGGCCAUGCUGGGGUGGCAGGAGGCCCAAUACCUGGAGGGAUCGGGGGUGCGGGGUUAGGUGGAGUUGGCUUUCCGCAUGCAGUGGCUGCACAUAGAGAUCGAAUAAAGCCAGGAUUUGAAUUUAAGAGUGAUGAGCGGGUUUACCCACCAGGGUCCAUACCUGAUCCCGCAGCUCUUGCCCUUGCUCACUCUCAUUCUCAUCAUGCCCAUGCCCAUGCCCAUGCCCAUGCCCAUGCCCAUGCCAAUGCUCAAGCGCAUGCACACUCCCUGCUCCUGGGAGGAGGUGCAGUGGGAGCUAAUGAGGUGUCACUCUAUGGCACUCCUCCUCCCCCAUCUCCUGCUGGCCCCCCACACCUCCAGAACCCAACUCUGGCACAAGUAACUCGACCUCCGAACCCUCCUGCCCCUCAGUCCCUGUCCAAUCCACCCCCUUCAUCUCUCCUCACACCCUCUCUCCCCUCUCACCCAUCAUCUGCACCACCGGCUGCCCCCCCAGCUCCAGCAGGGCCUGCUGCUCCUUCACCAGCUCCUCCUCCACCUGCUCCGCCGACCUCCAAUGCCGCCUCACUCCAUCACCCAGUCCCCCAUUCUUCUUUUCCCAGCUCCCUGUCCUCUCAUCUGCCACCAGCCCCUGCCCCAGCCGCUCCCCCUGAGACCUACCCCACUCCCACUCGCUCUCCUGCCUCUUACGAGCGAGAUAGGAGUGGAGAAAGAGAGCGGGAGAGGGAGAGAGACAGAGCAACUUUGCCGGCCUUUGGGGACAGAGAGCGAGAAAGAGAAAGGGAGAGAGAAAGGGGAGGAAGUGGUGGAGGCGGAGGAGGAGGAGGAGGAGCAGGAGGGGGAAGUGGAGGAGGAACCGGUGGAGGAGGUGGAGGAGAGAAUCUGGGGCGUCUUCAGAUGUUAAACGUGACACCUCAUCAUCACCAGCAUUCACACAUCCACUCACAUCUUCACCUGCACCAGCAAGACACAGCGACGGGCGGGGUUCACCCCCUGAUGGACCCGUUGGCGUCGGGGUCUCCUUUGGCACGCCUCCCUUACCCAGGAGCCACACUAGGCACCCCCAUCCUGGCUCACCCCCUCACUGACAGCGAGGUGCUCCGCCAACAGCUGUUCGGUGAGGAGAAGGCUCCUCGUCCAUGUGCUCCUUUCCGUGACCUGCCCCAGCCGUCCUCCCUCACUGGUCCCAUGUCAGCAGCCCAUCAGCUCCAGGCCAUGCAGCAGGCCCAGAGCGCAGAGCUGCAGAUCCAGAGACUGGCCCUGGAACAACAGUGGAUCCAUCACCAUCACCACCACUCCCUCACCCAGGACGAGUAUUACAGUCACCUGAAGAAAGAAAGUGACAAGACCCUGUGAGGGAGGGGCACGACAAAGAGCAGCAUGGAGAAAGUCGAGGGAGAAUGUGUGCAAAAUUAAAGGAAUAACGCUAAACAAAAGCACUGACAACAAUGAAGGAAACAAAGACUCAAAACAAAAGCUGGACUAAUGGACAAGGGAAUUCACUGAAGAAAACAGGAAGAUUUUGAAGGAUUAACAAAAGAGGGAGGAAGGCGUAAAAGUGUUGCACACAGUCCCUGCUAAACUGCACCACGUUGAAGGUCCAGGACUCCAGCGCUUCCCUGCAUAAUGUUCUCAAACUCCAGUCCUGUUUUGUAUCGUGCUCUGUACAGUAUAUUAGAUGGAGGCGGCAAUAGUGAAGUACAGUAUGUGUAAAAUACUUGAUGCCAGAAGGAAUGUGUACAUGAGUCUCUUUUAUGUCAUUGCAUGUAGCUAGGCGCUUAUUCUGAACUGGUGGAACUUUUGGUUCUAUUUUUAGUAAUUCCCCCCUCUUUUGUAUCUGAGGGGCGUUCUAUAUGCAUGAGACCAGCAAUUUAGUGUUACGUUAUGUUUAUGAUCAAUAGUAUUGUUAUUAUGAUUAAUGUUGUCUGUUUGUUGAUAAUGAUAUAAUUAUAUAUACAGUACAUAUUAUUUGUAUUAUUUUUUUACAUUUUCAUGGUAUGGCAGUUGGUUUUUAUUUUUUAUUUUUAUUUUCAAUUUACCUUGUGAAACAAGAUGCAAAUGAAGGCAAAAAAAUCUGGAAAUAAAUUAUAAUCUUUU